AUGGUCAUGGCCACUGUGGGAGCAGCAUACGGCCUCGGAACUCCCUCAGCUACCCUGACAAACAAUAACGACAAGGAUGCACUGUUGUUCGGCUGGAUUAAUCAGUUCUUGGCUCUCAUUGCUAUAGGCCUUGGGAAGGUUGCCCUUGUCGCUUUCAUAGACCACCUCCAAAAGCACGAAGCAAAGGCCAAGAGGGCGUUCCUUUGGUUUAUUGCCGGAAGCAAUUUCAUCGUCAAUAUGAUUGCGGCUAUUCUAGUCUUUGUUCAAUGCUCCCCUGCAAAGAAGCUAUGGGAUGAAAGGAUACCCGGACGUUGUCCCGGGCGGAAAAGAGUUCAGACCUUCGGGUAUAUCCAGGGACUCCAGGCGUUCUCACUCCCAACCAAAAUUGGCCUUUCUGUCCUUAUGGGGCUGGGUGUAGUGGACAUUGGCUGA